AAAAAGAGUUACAGUUGUUGAUGACUCAUCAGUUAACAUGAUAGAUAAGAAUGACUUUAGGAACGUUUUCUUAUAAAAAGAAAUGUGAAUUUGUAUACAAAUAUUGGAGAGAGCUUGUUCCAGAUUGACUACAAAUAAACUGCGCAUAAAGAACCUUGAACUAUCAUUGAUACUCUACAGAGCAACCAGAAUGAGUUCGAAACAUUUGACUACUGGAUCGGUUGCCCCGCCCAUUGUACCUGGAAAAAUACGCUUAUAUAGCAUGCGAUUUUGUCCGUAUGCGCAAAGAAUUCACCUGGUACUUGAUGCUAAAGAUACCCCGCAUGAUGUUGUUUAUGUAAAUUUAACCCAUAAGCCUGAUUGGUUUUUGGAGAAAAAUCCUCUAGGCAAAGUUCCUUGUAUAGAAUUAGAGAAUGGAGAAACAUUGCAUGAAAGCCUUGUAAUUGCUGAAUACCUGGAUGAUAUACAUCCACAAAAUAAACUUUACUCUAAGGAUCCCUUAACAAGGGCUAAAGAUAAGUUGUUGAUCAGCAGAUUUAAUAAUUUUAUAACUACUAUGUAUAAGUUAUAUAUCAGCACAUCCAUAGACCGUAAUGUAUUUGAGGAAGCAUUAUUAGAAUUAGAAAUUUUUGAAAGAGAACUUGCAUCAAGGGGAACACCAUUCUUUAAUGGCAGCUCUCCUGGUAUGUUAGACUUUAUGAUAUGGCCCUGGUGGGAAAGGUCCGAUGUAAUUAAAAUUCUACGCGGAGAACAAUUUUCUAUACCUCGCGAUAGAUUCAAAAGACUGAUGGAGUGGAGAUCCGCUAUGAAAGAAAAUCCAGUUGUUCAACGCAGUUACUUAGAUACCGAAGUACAUGCUAAAUACGUCCGAAGUCAUCGUGCUGGUGCACCAGAAUACGAUUUGAUUACUGGUUAA